CUCCCUAUUUAAUCCCGCCUUCCUUCUCCAUCUAGCCAUUGCCAAUCCCCACCUCCACUUCCUCACUCACAGAGAAGACAUCUCUUGUUCCCACAUCUCCAGCUACUACAAGCUCAACCACACCAGUACCAAGGCAGGCAGUCACCAUGGACGCUGUGGAGUCCUCCUCGCCCUAUUCGCCGCCGUCGCUGCGCCACAAGCUGCGGACAACCGUGUGCGGCUGCUUCGGCUCGCCGUCGUCGCCAGGCAGCGGCGCAGAGAGGCCACACACCCGCGGCGGCAGGAGCAGGUGGAGGCGACGCGUGACCGCCACGGGGGAGUUCAGGUACGACCCGCUCAGCUACGCGCUCAACUUCGACGGCGGCGGCAGCGACGACGGCGACGCCGACGCCGAGGACGCCGCCUUCCGGCACAGAAACUUCAGCUCGCGCCUGCCUCCCUCGCCGGUGCCGGCCUCCCGAGCCGUCGCAAUCGCCUGAAGUGAAUUGCACUAGUAGCCUCUGUCCCUCUGAUUUUUCUUCUUCUCUAACUCUGAGCGAGACUGAAUCACUACAUCUGCAAAGGCAGUUUAUUUAUACGGCCGGGGAAACGUACGUACCGAGGAGUAGCAGUAGCAUCAUGUAGUUAUUAUACAUGUAAGAAUCAAUCAGUUCAUUUUUAA